AUGUCAGAAGCCCUCUCAGACACCAAGCUCACCAUUCUGCACCCUGCCGGGCUCUUCAAGGGCCCAGAGUUCUCCCAAGUCGGUCUCACGCCGCCGGGUGUGCGGAUGAUCUACUGCUCUGGACAAGGUGGCCGCUCAGAGCCUCGAGACCCAAACAAGGCUGGUAUUCCAGAAUGUGAAGACGUAUCUGGCGGCGGCCGGGGCGUCGCUGCGGGAUGUUAUCAAGCUGACUUUUUACCUGGUCAAUUGGAGUAA